CUCCGCGGGGGGCGGGGAGGAGGUGGCGUGCGUGACUGUCCGCCGGCCCAGAGCUGGCCAGCCCAUUCAAGGGACUUGGAGGGGCUUCCCAACUUGCAUCGGUCCCCAUCGAUUCUAGAAGAAAAGGCAGCCAUGUCCCUAUGACAUCCCCAGACUGUCACCUGCGCCUGACCUGCCCGGGGCCCUGCAGGCAGUGAAGUCCCACGCCUGGUUUCUGUGCGCCCCUGGCACCUGUGGUCCCCCUCCUAUGCACCCCAGCACCCCCAUCAGCUCCCUCUUCUCCUUCACCAGCCCCGCAGUGAAGAGGCUGCUGGGCUGGAAGCAGGGAGAUGAGGAAGAGAAGUGGGCGGAGAAGGCUGUGGACUCUUUGGUGAAGAAACUGAAGAAGAAGAAAGGAGCCAUGGACGAGUUGGAGAGAGCGCUCAGCUGCCCUGGGCAACCCAGCAAAUGCGUCACCAUUCCCAGGUCCCUGGAUGGCCGUCUGCAGGUGUCUCACCGCAAGGGUCUGCCCCACGUCAUUUACUGCCGAGUGUGGCGCUGGCCAGACCUCCAGUCCCACCAUGAGCUGAAGCCACUGGAAUGCUGCGAGUUCCCCUUCGGCUCCAAGCAGAAGGAAGUGUGCAUCAACCCUUACCACUACCGCCGAGUGGAGACGCCAGUGUUGCCUCCAGUGCUGGUGCCAAGACACAGCGAAUACAACCCCCAGCUCAGCCUCCUGGCCAAGUUCCGCAGCGCCUCCCUGCACAGCGAGCCACUCAUGCCGCACAACGCCAUCUACCCGGACUCUUUCCAGCAGCCUCUGUGUCCCACGCUGCCCUCCUCACCCAGCCACGUGUUCCCGCAGUCCCCGGGCUCUGCCGGCUACCCCCACUCGCCAGCAAGUCCUUCUGAGCCAGAAAGUCCAUAUCAGCACUCAGACUUCCGGCCGGUUUGUUACGAGGAGCCCCAGCAUUGGUGCUCAGUUGCCUACUACGAACUGAACAACCGCGUUGGGGAGACGUUCCAGGCCUCCUCCCGGAGCGUGCUCAUAGAUGGCUUCACUGACCCUUCCAAUAACAGGAACAGGUUCUGCCUCGGACUUCUUUCGAACGUAAACAGAAACUCGACUAUAGAGAACACCAGGAGGCACAUAGGAAAGGGUGUGCACUUGUACUACGUUGGGGGAGAGGUGUAUGCUGAGUGUGUGAGUGACAGUAGCAUCUUUGUGCAGAGCCGCAACUGCAACUACCAGCACGGCUUCCACCCGGCCACCGUGUGCAAGAUCCCCAGCGGGUGCAGCCUGAAGGUCUUCAACAACCAGCUCUUUGCACAGCUGCUCGCCCAGUCGGUUCACCAUGGCUUUGAAGUUGUUUAUGAGCUAACAAAGAUGUGUACUAUCCGCAUGAGCUUUGUUAAGGGUUGGGGAGCCGAAUAUCAUCGCCAAGAUGUCACGAGCACCCCCUGCUGGAUUGAAAUUCAUCUUCACGGACCGCUGCAGUGGUUGGACAAGGUUCUGACUCAGAUGGGCUCCCCACAUAACCCCAUUUCGUCAGUGUCUUAACACUGGUGCCAUAAGCUACGUUUCCAUAAAAUACAAGCUGUUGCAGAUAGUGGCUUAUACCCUUGCAGAUUUGCAGCUAACAGAAGUUUGUGAGUACACAUGGAAAUACAUAUAAUGUGUAGUAUUCAUAUUUUUGUCACCAUGUGUCUUGUGCUACCUGGAUAACCUGGGGCCAGUACCGUGAGAUUGGAAGAGCAUGUUUUUCUGGACUAGUGCUAUGUGGGAGGAAAUUUUUUGGUGGGGUCCCAUCAGCAUAUCCCUGUACAGCAUGUUUUGUGACCCAACAGAAAGACUCAAGCUCCUUAUGUAGCAAAAGGUCAGGUAUGUAAUCCAGGAACAAGUCACAGUUUCAGACGAAACAAUCCAACACCUGGAGUUAAAAUGUUACUGGCAAGAGAGAAAAUCAGCCUUGGUCACUGACAUAGGAGAUGAGCUGCAGACACUUCUUGCGUGUAGCUCAAUGACUGUGCCGUUACUGACGGUAGGUUGUAAAGAAAUUUAAACUGUGAUUGGAAAAGGAAGAAACUGUGAACCUUAGAGUCACACUGCUUCAAUCUAAUAAGGGAAGACAAAUAUGAAAAUAGCAUGAAACGACCUACAUCCCCAGGGGCUGCAGCCUUCCACAUUGGAAGCCAGGCUGGGGUCUUCCUGGUUCCUCCUGUGGCCGCCGAGAGCACCUGUGUGCACGACACCAUGUGCAGAGCCUGUGCACCAGGAAGCUGCGCCAUCCAAGGCUGCACAGAGCAUCGCGUGGUUACGGCCGCCGUCUCACAUUCCCUCCGUGCCGCCUCGGCAGGUGCUGCUUUGCCAUGUUUCCUUCCUGUUGACAGACCCCGGCUACUUACAGGAGACUGCGCCACUGUAGUCAGCACGCUUUGUCAAAUAUAACCUGCAUUGCUGAAGUUCCCAGCGGGGUAAGUCCAGCAGCCUCUUCUAAAGCUAAAGACUUGGAAAUGAAAGAAAGGGAGAAUAUUUCAUGUUCCCUGUUGAUUUGGGAGAAAAGUGAUGGUGAAUAACCGAGCAGCUGUAAAAUAUACAUGUAAUUAAAAACCUGUUCUUUCUUUGGAUGAUAAAGGGGAACCCCCCCCCCCCCCGGACUUCUGAGCACUUGCCACUCACUAAUCACUGCAUUGCUUGGAAAAACAUCACACACCCUUUGAAAGAGGUAUAACUUAGGAUGGCACCUCUGCUUAUAAAAGACAGACCUACAGUAAUCCAGCAGUUUUCUUAAUUUGUCCAUUCUGUCUAGCCUUGCUGCACAUGUAGCUGUCUCUCAUUUGGAUCAUAUUUGGUAGAAAUGAUCAUGUAGAAAAGACGUGAGUGAGCUACUACUGACACUUGUAAUGACUAGUCCUAUCCCAUAAAACCUUCACAUAUGUGUAUGUAUAUUGUAGCAAGCACUUAUUACAUUUUACAUUAACACCUGAGUGUGUGGAACAAACCAUAGUUUGUAGGUUCUUCAACUGUAUCUAUGAGUGCCAGGUACAAUGUCAAGUUACCAUGGGAUCAAAUGUAAUCUAGAGACAGUCCCAGACUUCAUGGAGACAAGCCUGUAAUACUCGUCUUUCAGAACUUUAAAAGUGAAACAUGCAAACUUUCCUUGGUUUGAAAAUAUGUAACUGGCUUAUCUGUAUCUUGAAAUCUCAUUUCUUCUCAGAACAAUCAUGUGAAUCCUUGGGUAAAUGCUACUUCCAUGUCUCAAAGGUUUUUUCUUUUUCCUCCCACCCAUGCAUCCCUGUUGUCUGAUAAUUCUCCAGUUCCCUUUUCCAUAGACGUCCUUAAUAUGGUAGCUUUCAUCUGAGUACCAGUUAAUGGGAGAGCUUCAAAGACAUAACAUUUGCUCCAGAGAUCACACACACUGCUCUUGACUCUCCAUAACUUGUCAACAUCAUCCCUCUGGUCAUCGGUACUUUUAUAGAACUGUUCAGAAGUAGUGACAUAAAAAUACCAUAAACUACUUGGAUUUCUCUGCAGCUUUAGGAAACCGGACAAAAUACUGCAGUGUGAUUUCUGUGAAAAGGAAAUCAUUAAGCUAGCACAUACCAUAUAACUUUCUCAUGCAUGUCUCACCAAAAAUCUUCAUUCAGUUACCUGUGAAGUUCAGAAGAGAAGUUGAUCCUCUAGCUUUGGCUGAUAACAGUUCUCAAGAGUUGUAAUGCAGUAUUUGAUUUCAGACUUCUGAAUAUGGCCAAUUAGCUUUAAAAGAACUGAAUAAUAUCGUUUUACAUGUUAAAGAUGAAAGGGGAUGAAAAACCAGGGCUGCAAACACGUUUCACAUAUGUUUUCCUGAACCAGGGUCAGGAGACAGAGCACAGUUGUCCAGGUGCCUGUGAAGAUUCAUCAUCUCAAGUCAGUAAUUGGUGUGGAACAAAAAUGAGACAUGAUUCAGUCAGCAGAGACUCUGGGAGCCAUCAGGGCUUUUCAUCCCCAAACUCAUCAUUCUUAACGCAUACCUUUUACUUUUUAAGAAUUCAGCAUAAAGCAGGAAAUGUUGGCCAACUACCUACUUCCUACCACUUAGGAUCCUGUUUUUCAUAGUCUUCUAAGUAUUUUGGUAUCCCCAUAACAGCCACAAAACAACAGCAACAGCACAUGUUAUAAAUAGCGCUUGCUUAACACUGAAUGUGUCCCAAAUACUUGAUGUAUAUAUGUAGUAAAUAAAAAUAUAUGUCAUGCAUUCCAACUUUUCUGACCUGCUAUGAUUCAACAGCUAAACUGUACAAGGUUAGGUGACCUUGGCAUACAUUAAAAAUGAAUUCAAUAAAUGUAAAGCACGCAAAAAAAAAAAACAAGGUAAAAACCUCUCUAUUUGAUUGAAGUAAUGCUUUUGAUUAUAACAACCUUGCCUUCUUAUCCCUUUGCUGCACACAUAUAUUGUCAUCCAACUGUUUAUAAUAAACAAUACUGCACUGAGA